AUGACAACUAUUUAAUAGUAACAACAGCAGAAAUAGGUUCAGUUCUAUUAGUAAAUCUUGUUGAUAAAACCAACCCUAUUGUUACAUAGAUUAUCAAUUUUGCAUAAAAUGACCCUGUGUACUGGAUAACCCCAUCAUAAGACUAAUCUUUUGUUUUUGCCUCUGCUUAAUAAGCGCUUUACUAAUUUUUUAUCCAAAGCCCUAUUAUCUUUCAUUCUCAAAUCUACAAAUUAAUACCAAUAGCUAAUUCAAACUAGGUUUCUAGAUAAUUACUAUAAACAAAUUAGACUUUUUAAGUAGGCGAAUAAAUUGAAAUAUAUCUUGUAAACAUUUACCAAUCAAGAAAUUUAUAUAUUAGCAAAGCUCUAUAUUACAUAAAUUAUGUUAUUAAUGAAUUACCCAGUUGGAUGUCUUUUUCUCCUUCUAGUUAAGUUUUGA